AUGCAUGGCAUCCAGCUUCAGCCAGAUCACCAGGACGGUCGCGUCUCAGAUGGCAGGCCGUCGCAUCUAGCAACCUCAGAUAUCGACGAAAGCUUUGUUAUGGCAGCCGAAGACAUUCUCAACCGCAGCACAGUGCUCUGCGCAGAGCUGGACCUGCUCCGAUCUGCCGUCGAAAAAGAGGCCGAAAAGGUUAACAACCACUGGCACGCAUACAUCCCCGGCUUCAGCACGUUCUGGCAGUCAAAUUCAAACCAGAAAACCCGAGCAGAAGCGCUUCUGCAACGCACGAGACAGCCGCCGAAAGAGCCCGAGGCCGAAGGGGCUCUUCACCGCGACUUCAGGCUCCUCGAAGGCGAGCUGUCGUCCUAUGAGAACCAUUGGGUGGCCAUCAAGAAGUGUCGCUCGGUGACAUGGUUCCGCUAUGCCGUGCCAUACAGCAAGACCGACGCCUCUGGCCAAAGCUCAGUCUUCGUGAGUGCCAUAGUAGACAAUGGCCAUGAGUGGUUGAGGGUUCUCAGCACCACGGAAAGGGGCCUGCUUGUGCAGAUGGCCGAGGCAGAUUUCCCUUGGGACGAACCAGAUGACGAGGAUGACGAUCCCGAGUUGCAAGAAGUCAUCGACGACGACGAAACACAGAUCGAAAUCCUCAAGUCUGUGAAGUCACUUUUAGUUGCAGCCCGAGAGAUUCACGGAGGCUACAGUCAUCGCAUUCGGAUGGUUCUACCAAACAUCUAUAGUGGUCGCCAGCCGGCUAUCGACAGGUUUCUCCGAGGGGUGCAGAGUUUAGGGGAUGACCAGAUUUCUCUAGUUAUCGAGUGUGCCGAGACAACACAUCACGCUCCUCCACCCCUGGAAACUGCUAUAACGAACCUGCUGGAUCUUGGGAGCUCGAUCAACCCGCCGCCAUUGACACCAACUCUCAACAUAGACACCUCCAUUUUCGUUGCUUUAACCACCGACAUUUGCCAUAAUCACGGCUCCCAGAGGAAAUGGCGUCCCAAGAUCCUCGAAGAUGUCACCGACGAGGCCGAGCAUGGACCAAGACUUGGAAACUCCCUCUACCCCAUCUUGCGAGGUCACACCCUUGUCUGCACCCGCGAGGCUGCAGAGACAUGUCUGCGCAUGGUCUAUGACGCUUCCACCGAAGACGAAGUUGCAAGGUUAGAAAUCCUUCUGGGCCAGGAAACCCUACGAGGGAAGCAGGAUGACAAAAUGUCAUUCCUCGCACGCGUCCUCAAGCAAGACGGCUGGCCAUUGUCGGAAAAGGAUACCCCGGCAACAGAAGAGCGUCGAAAGAAGCUCAUCGCCCAACUGGAGAAAUACUCGUGCCAUCCCGUACCAGCAGAUCUCCAACUACCAAUCCGCAUUGUCGAGGACUUCCGCAGACCACAUGUCCAGGACGAAAUCGCCAAAGGCACGUUGCCGAAGGUGGCACUCGCAGUAGAGCCGACCUUGAACGAGACGAACUGUUCGUCCUUCUUGUUCGGCUGGAAGACAGGCUACACCACCAUCACCUGCAACCGCCACGCAGUGCGCCGUCUGGGAAACCUCGUCAAGACGCUGCGAUGGUCGAGGGACGCGGAAACGGCGCCUAUUCUGGCGUUGGAUUGGGCCAGAGGACUGGCCAAGAUCCCGUUACCCGGGGAGGUCCUAGUUGACGGGCCGGCUAAAUCCGCGUCAGCACACUAA